GCGAAUGGAGAAGUGGAACGGUUUAUGCGCACCAUUGAAAAAGCCAUACGUACAGCACACAUCGAAAAGAAGAACUGGAAACAAGCCUUGUAUCAAUUUCUCCGCCAGUACAGAGCCACACCGCAAAGCACGACGAAUGUGUCACCAUCCGAGGCCCUGAACAAUCGAAAGUUGAAGAUACCACUUCCGAGUAUUCCAAAAAUUCAGCAACAAGAAACCCAAGAUCCAAUGCGAAAACGAGAUCAAGAAAAGAAAGAAAAGAUGAAGAAAUACUCAGAUCAUCGACAACACUCGAGAACAACUGAUCUGAAGAUAGGAGACACAGUCCUGAUCCGCCAACCAAAGAAGAACAAGCUUACCCCACCAUUUAACCCCAAACCAUUCACUUUUGAAGCUCGGAAAGGAACUAUGGUUACCGUCAAACGUGGUUCGAAGAAGAUAACACGCAACAUAUCCUUUUUCAAAAAGAUUGAUAAUCGUGUAACGGAUAGUUCAGAUAACGAAGAUGAUGAUGACGAUUUUGAUUGCGACCGAACCAACGAAGACCAACUCAAUCAAGAACCUGUUCGUUUACGAAGAUCCCAGCGAGAAAGAAGACAACCAGAUAGACUUGGAUUUUGA